AUCAUGUCUAAGUACCACAAAUAAGAUCUGACCUGAUAAGCAGCAGGUAUGGCAGGAGCACAGUUCUCAGGUUUGUUUAUUUCCUUUGAGGUGUGGAUAUCUCCUUCAACUUUUGUUCAUUUUCAUAGAAUCACAAAAUCCCAGGAUAUGCUGAGUUGGAUGGGACCCACAAGGAUCACGCAGUCCACCCAAGGACAGUUUCUGCAGUAGUGUGUCACCACUCCUCCCCUGGUGUCCCAGUAGAGCACAGCAUCCUUGACAGGACUGGCCAGCUCGCUGCUGCUGGCAGAAAGUUAAUUAAUCCUGUUUCACAGAGUGGGCCACUGGAGCCUCAGUGAAGCAGCUGUAGAAUUGCUAUAACCAGAACUUCUUCUUAUUACAGCCCUGGAGUAAUGAAAAUAUAAUUACUUCAAUUGCGGCAAGCGUGGGUGCCCAGCAGCCUGCCUGGAAAGCCUUUCACUGCAGCUGUGCUCCUCGGGCAGCAGAGCCCACCUCAGACAGGGCUCUCUGACAGCCUGGUAUGCUGCACAUGGGCUGGGGCCAGCCGGGCUGGUGGCCUCAGCAGCAGAGCCCACCUCAGACAGGGUUCCCUGACACUCUGUGGGAUGCUGCACAUGGGCUGGGGCCAGCCGGGCUGGUGGCCACAGCAGCAGCUGGUUUUAUCACGUACCAAAUUCCCAACAGCCAUUCCUCUGUGCUCAGGCUUCAGUAGGACUCUGGGCUCGCAGCAAGGCUCCAGACCCAUCCCACGGGUAGGAUCACACCUGCCUGCCCCCUUCCUGCCCAGGAGCUGCACCUCCUUCUCUCCCCAGAAGGCAUGGGAGGACCUGCCUGUGGCAUCUGUGACACACAGGUGCCACCAGCCCCGGGCAGGCCCGGCAGAGGUGGCACAGGUUCUGCAGAGGUGGCACAUGGCCUGGCUGAGGUGGCACAGGUUCUGCAGAGGUGGCACAGGUACUGCAGAGGUGGCACAGGCCCGGCUGAGGUGGCACAGGCCCUGCAGAGGUGGCACAGGCCCUGCAGAGGUGGCACAGGUUCUGCAGAGGUGGCACAGGUACUGCAGAGGUGGCACAGGCCUGGCAGAGGUGGCACAGGCCCUGCAGAGGUGGCACAGGUUCUGCAGAGGUGGCACAGGCCCUGCAGAGGUGGCACAGGCCCGGCAGAGGUGGCACAGGCCCUGCAGAGGUGGCACAGGUUCUGCAGAGGUGGCACAGGCCCUGCAGAGGUGGCACAGGUUCUGCAGAGGUGGCACAGGCCCUGCAGAGGUGGCACAUGGCCUGGCUGAGGUGGCACAGGCCCGGCAGAGGUGGCACAGGCCCUGCAGAGGUGGCACAGGCCCGGCUGAGGUGGCACAGGCCCUGCAGAGGUGGCACAGGUUCUGCAGAGGUGGCACAGGCCCUGCAGAGGUGGCACAGGCCCUGCAGAGGUGGCACAGGUUCUGCAGAGGUGGCACAGGCCCUGCAGAGGUGGCACAGGCCCUGCAGAGGUGGCACAUGGCCUGGCUGAGGUGGCACAGGCCCGGCUGAGGUGGCACAGGCCCUGCAGAGGUGGCACAGGCCCUGCAGAGGUGGCACAGGCCCUGCAGAGGUGGCACAGGCCCUGCAGAGGUGGCACAUGGCCUGGCUGAGGUGGCACAGGCCCGGCUGAGGUGGCACAGGCCCGGCUGAGGUGGCACAGGCCCUGCAGGCCUUUGGCGGUGCUGGGGCUGCCCACAGCCGCGUACCCCGGCUGUCCCCGGACCCCGCUGCACAGAGAGCCGUGCCCACACGCCCCUGGGUGUUCCCGCUGCCUCAUAAACAGCUUUGCAGGGCAUUCACAAGUCAGGGAAAGCAAAAGCCCACUUCCAUCCGGUAUUUCCUGGGGUUGUGCUGCAGCAGCUCCUCUGAACACGCUUGACCCUGCUCACCCAGCGGGGCUGAGCCGCUGGGCACCAGCUGUGCCAGCCGCUGCUGCCACCACGGUGUCACCUUCCCUGAGCCCGGCCCUGUGACUUGCCCAGCCACGGGAGACAGGCCACGUGCAGGUGCCAGGCGGCUGUGCCCCGGCUGAGUGCCGAGCUCCGUGCCACAGCACGGCUUUGAGCUGCCUCGCCUCUUGCCUCCCAUGCCCCAGCAGACACGGAGAGCCACCCUCACCAUCCACUCCUGCACGAGCACAGGGACCCACCCCACCGUGCAGAGGCUCCUGCAGCCCCCCAGAGCAGCACACCUGUGAGAGCAGUCUGCACUGCCGGGGCCGGGCAGGGCUCCCAGAGCAGGCUCUC